GCAGUUGCAUAACAUGCAACCUAUACAUGCAAUCUAAUGGACACAAAUUACCAUAUAAUUAAGUUUUAACUCAUCUUUAUUUUGUAUAAAGGCAGCUAUACAAAAUAGAUAUAUAACUAUUGAAAGCAGAAUGUAAAUAAGGAAUUAUUCUUAUAAGACCAUGCAAUCACGUGAUUAAAACGACCGCCCUCUCUUGACUGGACUGAACUCGUUAUUAUCCUGAACCUGCAGACCGACCGUGGUAUAGUGGUUUCACCGUACGUGGUCAAACUAGAACAACACCUGUUUCAGUACUUGCAAUGGGGAGUUUGUUCUUCUCAAGAUAUCGGUGUAUUGUUCGACAGGUCUACUCAGGCCUCCCCAGAAUGUUGCAGCGCCGGUACAGCCUCGAUAUCUCCCCGCAGCUCCUCCGGACUGAAGGCUUCAUUGACGGCCGCUGGGUGUCUGCUGCAUCCACCUUCUCUGUGUUUGAUCCAGCGACGGGAGAAGAGAUCACAAAGGUAUCAGACUGCAGUUCGAAAGAAGCUCAAGAUGCUGUCAAUGCUGCAUACAAAGCGUUUCAUGUCUGGAAGAGUCGCACAGCUAAGGAGAGGAGCAUUUUGUUGCGGAAAUGGUUUGAUCUUGUCACUCAGCACAAGGAAGAUCUUGCCAAGUUAAUCACAGCAGAAUGUGGGAAACCCAUGAAGGAGUCUCUUGGGGAGAUUGCAUAUUCAGCCUCAUUUUUGGAGUGGUUUUCUGAGGAGGCCCGACGUGUGUAUGGAGAUAUUGUUGCUCCGCCAGCCAAGGACCGCAAGAUCCUAUUACUCAAACAACCAGUGGGAGUGGCUUCCAUCAUCACACCUUGGAAUUUCCCCAGUGCCAUGAUAACCCGGAAGGUGGGUGCAGCGCUGGCAGUGGGUUGCACUGUAGUGGUGAAGCCGGCUGAGGACACGCCUCUCUCUGCCCUGGCCCUUGCUGAGCUCUCAGUUCAGGCUGGAAUUCCUCCAGGGGUAUUUAACGUGGUGCCCUGCUCAAGAGAAAAGACCCCUGCUGUGGGUGAGCUGCUCUGCACUGACCCUCUUGUGGCCAAAAUCUCAUUUACUGGCUCCACGGCCACUGGCAAAAUACUAUUAAGACAUGCUGCAGGAACUGUCAAAAAGGUAUCCAUGGAGUUGGGAGGACAUGCCCCUUUCAUUGUAUUUGAUAGUGCUGAUGUAGACAAAGCUGUUGCUGGAGUAAUGGGUUCUAAAUUCAGGAAUUCCGGACAGACCUGCGUGUGCUCCAACCGCUUUCUGGUUCAGACUGGUAUCCAUGAUGCAUUCGUGGAGAGGCUAGCAAAGGCUAUGGACACAGAGCUGAAACUUGGCCAUGGCUCAGAGCCCACCACCACACAGGGACCUCUCAUCAACACCCGCGCCGCAGAGAAGGUGGAGAACCAGGUUGUGGAUGCUGUGGCUCAGGGGGCAAUCGUAGUUAGAGGUGGCAAGAGACUGGAGGGGUCCUUCAUGCAGCCCACCCUACUGUCCAACGUCACCACUGACAUGCUCUGUAUGCAGGAGGAGACUUUCGGACCCCUUGUUCCUGUUGUUAAGUUCAGUACUGAACAGGAGGCACUUGCCAUUGCCAAUGCUUCCCCAGUUGGUUUAGCAGGUUACUUUUACUCUCAAGACAUUAGUCAGAUCUGGCGAGUGGCGGAACACAUGGACGUGGGCAUGGUCGGGGUCAAUGAAGGUUUGAUCUCUGCCACAGAAGCUGCUUUUGGAGGAGUCAAACAGUCUGGACUGGGCAGAGAAGGAUCCAAAUACGGCAUUGAUGAGUAUCUGGAAGUGAAGUACAUGUGUUUUGGGGGACUCGCUCCUUAAAAAACCCUGACAACAGUUACUACCAGUUACAGCAGAUAUUACAAUGCAGCGUUAUUAAUAAUACACUUGAGAAAGUUGGUAAACCUUUGCAGAAUUAUUAAAGGAAUAGAUCACCCAAAAAUGAGAAUUCUCUCAUAAUUUACUCGCCCUCAUGCCAUUUCAAACACUUAUGACUUUCUGUCUUCUAAGGAUCACAAACAAAGAUAUUUUGACUGAUAUGACUAGAGUGGUAUAAUCCAUGUCUUCUGAAGUGAUAGGAUUGGUUUUGGGUAAAAACAGACCAAAACAUAACCCCUUUUUCACUGUAAAUCUUGACAUCUGCAAUCCCCUUGGCACGUGAACGAGAGAAGCUUGAUUGCACUCCCUAGCGCUUGAUGCAUACGCAGAGCACAUGGGAAGCACAUUUCUUCAAAAUAUCUUCAUGAGUAAAUGAUGAGAAUUAUCAUUUUGGGGUGAACUUUCCAUUUAAUCCUCAAAACACUGAACCAAACUACUCUCUCUGUCAAUCAGAUGUAACUGAAUAUGGACUAUACAGAUUGAGGUUCUUAGUGAACAAAGUCCUUUCAAUGAGCUCGUUUACAUGGACACCAGAAAGCCAUCUAUUGUGUGAAAUCUGCUUAGGCUGGAAAGCGGCGUUAUAUGAAGACUUACCUAUUUUAUUCUCCAUUGCGUCACUUUAUUUCCAGAUAUUCCAGUUGUUGCUGUGUUUGUUUCCUUGAUUUUCUAUCACGACCUGCAGCAGAAUUGCACUGCAAUAGGGCACAACAGUUUUUGCCUUUUCCGCCAUACGCGUUCCAGAAGUAUUUUUCCCAUUCAUUUUUUACAUCGGUUUUUCAUAAAAAUCCUGCAGAAAAGAGUUCUAAGCCAUGAACCAAACCAUCCAGCUCUAAGCUAAAUUACAUUACAAACUUUCAUUUGAAGCAAAAAAGUAUUUAAAAAUUGUACAAUAAGAUAUAGGUACAAGGCUGUAUACCUCCCGUGUUAACGAGGGUAUGAACUACAAUCCCAUAAAGCAUUGUGAAUGACUUAAUCGAAAAAAACUAUGGAAAUCUAUGAAACUAGGUUGUUUUUUUAUAAGUAUAGAAACAAUGUAUUAAUGUAAGUUACAAAGUAUUCAGAUAUAUACAAAUAUAAAUUUGAGGGUGUAAUGACACUGACUCGAAUGGAAGUGGGCGCUCGCUGCUUGACUUGUUUGUUGGGCUAUGUUGGCCGUGGUUCUCAGAUUUGUGGCUCUUUCUCUGCUGGACUAAAUGUAAUUGUUCACCAGGAAUUCCACUAUUAAACACAAUUUUUAAACAAUUUAAAAAAAGGUUUAUAAUAUAUCAUUGAAAAUCAGUUAGUCCAUGGAAAAAAAUGAAUGGGGUUUUUCUUCCGGAACCAGACUGUUGCCCACUAUAGUAGAAUUUCCCCUCUUACGUAAAACACUGAGAUUCCCCCAGUGUAUUUUGGACAGUAGUCGAUAUUUUUGAUCGGUGUAUAUAAAUGGGUUUAUUUUAUGGUGUAUGUGCUUUUUCUUUUUCCCACUGUUCUCCCAAUUUUUUUUUAUUCAAAACACCGCUUUCUGCAAAUACCCUGGAAUAAACCGUUUGCUUGAGUGUAUGUAAAUGUGGUCACUGAAGGGAUAUUUGAGAUAUUUGUUGUCAAAAUGGGUUGUUACCUCCUUGAGGUCAUGUCCGUCGUCCAUCAUAGUUGAUUUAUGUAACCAUGUAGCUCUGAAAUAAGAUUGACCUGAUUCAUGCAGGCACUGAAAAAAAUAAGCUAAUUAUACUGUAGGUUAAAAAUAGAUAACAAGCUCCUAUAGAGCCCUAAAUUUAAUCCUUAACCUACCCCUUUUCUUAUUCCUGAAUCUGAUUGGUCAAUUGGAAUGUUGUUCCUGGACCAAAAAGGAUGUUACCAUUUUAAAUGUAAAUCCAGAGACCAUUUUUGAUAGCAGUACAACAUUAACUAGCCUAUCCAGAUAAUUAAACCUAUUUCUACUUUUACUCUUAACAAUAGACACAAUGCUUGAAAGGGUAUUUUAAAAAUUAUGCUAGCAACAGUAUAUCUCAGGCUGAUGCCUGUAAAUGUAUAGAUGAAAAAAUUAAACUUAAUAUGGGUUUAUUUUGCCAAAUGCUCUAUUUUUGUAAUUCUGCAAAAAAGAUGUGGGGAAUACUGUUAAACAUGAAACGUUGACUGUGAUGGGAUAUAUUUGGGUGCUUAUGCUGCUAGAUAGAAAAAGUUUUGUUUCAAGAUGUUGGCGUUUUGUCUAGCAAGUUAUUGUCUGAAAACAAUGUCUUUUAAGGCCAAAUGUUGUCACAGUGCCUGUGUAAUUUUUUUUAAUGUCUUUAGUUUUAAUGUUUGUAUUGCUUUAAUUGUAAAUAUUAAUUCUCUAUUAAUGUACAAUAAGGUAUUGUUAUUGUGUAAUGUACAUGGAAAAAUGAAAUGUCUAAAAUGGAUACAUUUUGUAAUCUCUGAUGAACUGAAAUUCUCCAGAUAAUAGCAUAAAGGCACAAAAACUAGGCAAUAAAACCAAUAGCCUCAAACUACA